AUGGCAGCAAUUUGUGGAAGCGAAGAAGUACUUCGGUUUCUCAUUAGCAAGGCAGUCUCUGAUACAUUGCCUGAUAUACUUGAUGCCAAAGACAACUACUCUGAAACAGCAUUGAUGGUUGCCGUACGAAUGGGCAACGUGGUAGCCGCAAAGAUUCUGGUAGAGUCUGGUGCGAAAGUCAAUACCCAAGAUGACGCAGGAAGAACUGUCUUGCAUUUUGCAGCGUCUAAUUGCCCGCAGUUAAUCACAAGCCUAAUGACUGCAAACAAUGGCAUCGCCUUUAUGGCUGAUCACGAUGGAUGCACUCCACUGCACAUUGCCACAAAAUCAUGUUCCGAUCAACUGCUAGUGGUUUAUUAUUUGCUGCAAAACCACGUGCCUCUCAACAAGACACUUAAAGACGGCCACAUCGUCCUGUCAAACGUAUUAUCAAAAGGCUCUAUAGAAGUGGUACGCGUUUUGCUAGAACAUGGUGCCGAUGUUCAAGCGGCAGAUUCUAAAGGGAGGAAACCUCUCCAUCAUGCUGCAGAACAUGGGAUUGAGAUUGGGAUACUUCAUAUCCUCCUUGAUGCAGGCUCGGAUAUAGGUGCAUUGAGUAUUACGGGAGAGACGCCAUUGUUUCGCGCAGUAAUAUCCAACAAGGCGGACAAUUUAAGACUCUUAAUAAAGCGCGGCGGAAUGGUAAAUGAAUGCAGGAAGGAUGGCUGGAUGCCUCUGCACAUCGCCGCAUAUUGUGGUCAUAUUGAGAGUGCUGUUGCAUUACUGGAGGGAGGCGCAUCAAUUAAUCAACUUGCCGUCUGCCAAGCGACGCCUUUAUACUUGGCUCAACAAGAAAACAUGGUUGAGAUGGCCAAACUGCUUCUCAAGAGAGGGGCUGAUCCCAACCUGGCAGCGGAUAGAGGCACGUCGCCUGUUUAUAUUGACAGGAAAGGAAAACCAUCACGAUAUCUUUUGGGGGUCAAGUGA